AGCUUAGCGGGAAUUAGCUCGAACUCCUUCACUUCCGUUUGUUCUGUAUUUCAAGCUCAGAGGCAUGUCUUUCUCGUAUUCUCAGUAUCAAUAGAUGGAUAACAGAAUCGGCCCUCAUAGUUUCCCAAGUAUCAUAUUGUGUAUCGUACCAGAAGUUUGUGCCGAAGAAGAACGGGGCAGUGAACCUCUUUCGACAUCCCCUUCCGCCCAGAGCGCCCUCAACGUCCUCUUCCUCUCGACCUCCAUCAGUGUCAUUCACCGCCGUUGAACGACCCAGCUCAAGCUUCAAACACAAUGAGCUCCACAUAUCCAGUCAUCCCAUCUCGACCUUUCGUUCCACAUAUCCAAACCACUUGUUCACAAUGUCAUAUUCAACUAGAGUUCCCCCCACCCACACCCACUCCACGAUCCGGCGCGUUACUCAAUGUUCGAUGUUUCAAUUGUGCAACGAUAUUCAACCAUGCUUUCUAUCCUAAUCAGGUACCUAAUGUCGGUGCGAGUAGACCGUCACACGGUGGUAUGGCGCAAAACUCGGGUAGUACAGGGUUUGCCAGUUCAAGUGAUCAUGGGGCAAGGAGAGGGAGGAAGAUCGGCACUGAUGAGCGACCGUUAGAGACUGGAUAUUAUGACCUGUUGGCAGUGUCGAUAGAUGCUACCACUGAUGAUAUCAAGAAAGCAUACCGACGACUCGCUAUCAAGUUCCACCCGGACAAAAAUCGCGACGAUCCAAACGCCGAAGAACGCUUCAAAGAGAUUGCCAUAGCCUAUCAAACCCUCUCUGACCCUGUUCUCCGCAAGAAGUACAAUGAAUUCGGACCUAAAGAAAGCGCACCUGAUGGUGGAUUCGUCGAUCCCGAAGAGGUCUUUGGCGCAAUAUUCGGUGGCGAGAGAUUCGUACCCAUUAUUGGACAUAUCAGUCUCGCGAAGGAUAUGAAGACGGCUCUGCAGGAGGCCGAUGAGUUGGAAGCGGAGAGCAAGAAUGUGCAGAGGGAUGCGAAAGGACGUGAGAUUUUGUCGCCUGAGGAAAAGGCUAGAAGGGAGGAAAAAGCGAGAAAGGUCGCUGCUGAGAAAGCAGCUGCUCGUGCAGAACGAGUGCAAAAACUCGUCGAGAACCUUGAAAGGAAACUCGGGAUCUUCACCGAGUCUGCUACUGGACCCGCCGAUCCUCAAGUUACCGAAAGUUAUCGGACGAUAUGUCAGCUCGAUGCAGAGGAGCUCAAGAAGGAAUCCUAUGGUGCAGACCUUCUACACGCCAUCGGGUUCGUUUACGUCUCGAAAUCCAAGGCGCACCUGGCUAGUAACCAGACGUUCUUGGGUGUAGGCGGAUGGUUGCACAACGUGCAAGGCAAAUACCAUGUCUUCAGCGAAACUGUAUCGACGUUACGGUCUGCUAUUGAACUCAAGAGUGUCUUUGAGCAGAUCCAGGCUGCCGAACGUGCUGGUAACUUGUCGCCUGAAGAGAAAAGACGUCUCGAGGAGCAAGCCGCUGAGAAAGGUCUCCAAGCGCUGUUCAAAGGAACGAAAUUGGAGGUUGAGUCCGUCCUGCGAGAGACGUGUGACCGCGUCCUAGAAGAUCCCUCCAUCCCACGAUCCAAAGCCCAUCUUCGUGCCGUGGCCAUGCAAAUUCUUGGUGAUGCCUACCUUUCUGUCAAGAAAGACGAGGAUGGCAUCCGAGAGGAAAGCGAAUAUGUCAAGAUCGAGACGAAGACUAGCCGACAAAGAGAUUCUCAGCGAAUGCAUUAGAUCAGUCAUCCCAACGUGUAUGACUGACUGCUCACGAUACAUAUUGCAUGAUCACCAUUGCAUGCUCACUCGUUGCAUGGCGUUUCUUUCUUUGCUUUCGCAUUGCACCUUCUGGACUUCUCACUUGUAGCUAUAUAUCGAUCGGUCGCAUCAUAAUUGUAUCAUACCCGACACGACAUUCUUGUCUAUACAGCCGUUCACAUUGGCAUGCAGCACACUACGAAGGUCCAUGCAAGUACUAAAA